AUGCUAGUCAGCAUGUUUUCCAAGAACGCGUUCUUUAGUAUAGGGCAAAACUUCUACUUAAUACUCAUAAUUCUUUCGAUUGGAGGGAACUUAUUACACGCCCUUCAUAUCCAGCAACCUUCGAAGUUGCACCACACCCCACGCCUUCAUGUACGACGAGAGCUACCGGAAUUCCGUCAAGCUUUAGACUUCACGAAUCGCAAAGCUCGCUCCCGAAAAGAUCAAUGUGGACCAAUUGGCUGCCUUGAAUGUCUUUCACUUCGGGCGAUAUCUACAAAGACUCGAAAACAUCCCAAUCUCACAGAUGAAGAGAGACGAAUCCCAUUACAUCAACCUCUGCCAACUGCGGGACUUUUGAUAGGUGGGCACGAGUUACUAAACACUAAAAGCAAAGGUUUAAACAGUCCCGCAACACCAAAAAAACUCAAUGGAUUUAGAAGAAUCCCACUGCUCCCAUGCUCCUCCAAGGACGGCAGUGAUUUGCACAACGAUCCUCUGGCUCAAGAGAUUACUGCAUUGCCAAAUCAGCCCGCUGGAACCGGUACCUCUAUCAAGUCCAUCAAUAAAGGAGAAAACCACCUUGCGCAGCCUGUUCUACCCUUCCCCGAGUGA